GCUGUACAGCAGGGUUGCCAUGCAGCCCCAGACUUUAGGCCAGGAUAUUUUGAGAGGACCCAAGGUGUUGGAGCCCUGGCAGCUUCUCCAGCUAGCCACACUGGACCUCAAUGGAGGCUUUGGUCUGUGCUUUCUCUGAGCUGCGAAUAAGAGAAGAUGCAGUGAGCCUGACUUUGGGCUGCCCAGGCAGCGCCGACACCCCCCCCAACAUCUACGAGGGGGGUCUGGGGGCCCGGAGGCAGCAGUGCCCCAGCCCACCAGGCAGCAAGCCCAAGAACUUCCGCCUUCGUCACCUUCGGAGCCUGGCACUCUAUCUGCCCAGCAGCAUGCAACCUGCCGGCCAGUGCGAGAGCCACUGGCUGGGGAGGCUAAUGGCAGGGGGCUGCCUCCCACGGGUGGGGCCCUUGCCCAAGGGCGGGGCAUGGGCCCUCGAACUUCCUGGCCCUUUGAGCUCCACCAAUCACCCCCUGGAUUCACCAGGUCCCCAACCACCCAGGGAGAACCUAGGGAGUACAGCUUCCAGCUCCAGCACCGACCCAACCAAGGGUGCCCUCUCCCAGCCCCGGCCACCCGAGGGCUCAGGCUCCAGGCCCAAGAGGUCUUGGGGAGCCUUAGAGGAGUCAACAUGUCCUAUGUGCAAGAGGACCCGGCCCGGGGCCCAGGAGAGGCCAUAGGGCGGUCCCAAGCAGCAGGGCUGGUUCCCCCAGCUCUGGGGGCAGGUGGAGGGAAUGGCCUGAGGCUACAGGUCCCUGGGAGAACAGCCUCCCUCCAGACUCUCCAAGUUACCCCUGGCAAGCAACCCUCCAGGAUGCCAAGACAGCUGAGGAAGUUCCCUCGGAGGGGAAUCCGACUGGGGUCUCAGGGAAGUGAGAGGAGAGGGAAGAGGUUCCCGCCUGAGGGUCGGAGAAAGGAGAAGCAGGGUCGGUGGUCCAAGCAGCCCGGGCAUGCACUACAUACUCUAUUGCCUCGGAGAUGGUGUCAAAGGCAGAUAAUCCCAGUCGAGCAGGCCUGGGAACCAGCAGGUCCUACAUCUGAAUAAAGGGAGAGGUCUGUCCAUCCUCAA